AGACUGCAAGGACGCGUGGCCUCUCGUUUCUUUCUUUCUUUCUUUCUUUCUUUCUAUUUACUUACUCCAUUCUGCAGCAUCAGUUGCUCUCAUAAGUGUUUUGCUGCCAGUCCGGACUUGUUCAGAUGGCAGCUAAUGAUCGCAGGUCGAGUUAUUUGUCGUUUAAAGCGACAGAAAGUGAAAGUAAGUCGUAAUUUAUCUUCCUCUGGAGAGACUGUGGAAAUUCACCUGCUUCUUGGAAAAUGGUUCACGGACAUUUCCUGGCUGUUUUCGUCUCUUUACUUCAUUUAGCUGCUGCAGAGAAUGUGAAAUAUGCCCUCCUGGGUCAGACAGUCAUUCUGGAUCCAGAAAUCAAGGCAUCUGGUGCAAAUAACAUCCUGUGGAAACACAGUGGGAACAAAGUGGUGGAGUUUAAUGGAAACGAGCAGCUUGAGUACGAACCAUUUAAAGAUAGGAUCACACUGGACUGGCACACUGCAGAGCUGGAGAUCACUGACCUCAGAUAUGAAGACAGUGGAGACUAUGAACUGGAGAUGUUCAUGAACAAAGAAUUCAUACCUUUCACUUUCAAACUGAAGGUCAUUGGUAAAGUAUCCAGACCUUCCAUAUCCUGUGAGAUAGAAGACACCAGCUCUGAUAAAUCUGGAAACCGGGCCUCACUGAAAUGCUCUGCAGAAUCCAGCCGUUCUGAGUCCUUAAUGAAGUUUGAAUGGAGCUGGCGUGGCAGCAUGCAGCCUGGCCCAAAUUUAACAAUCCCUCUGGGGGAUGAGAAUGAUGAGGAAGAGUACAGUUGUACUGUGAGCAGCCCGAUGUCCAGAGAGACGACGACUUUCUCUGCAAGGAGCUGCUACUCUGAGACAAAUUUAACUGGGAUCAUUGUCGGGUGUGUCAUUGCUGUCAUUGCUGUCCCUCUGGUGGUUUUGCUGCUAUUCCUGAAACGAAGACGAUGUAAACCAGAGCAAAACAGAAGUGACCCUGAACAAAAUCCUUUAAUGAAUACACAGCCCACCUCUCAGUCUCCUCCACAACCAGCAGGCUUUGCUGAAGAGAACGAAGACACAGAGUCAGUUGAUGUGAAGAAAACGACACAAAAUUUUCAACAGAUGAUGGAUGAGCAUGAGAAUUCCACUCCAGCUAAAUCUCCUGGUCUUGCCAAACCUUUGUCUCCAUUGAAAUUGAACUUUUCAGUCACAUCUCAAGAGGGUGGCAUCGAUAAACAGAACAAAGAGAACAACUUGGAUCAAGUCAGUGGAGAACUUCCACAAAACCCUGCUGGAGAGUCAAGCUUGGAGGAGAAAAACCAACCAGACGAGGAAAACAGAAGUGACCCUGAGCAAAGAACUUUAAAUGGUGGACUUUCCACCUCUCCGUCUCCUCUGCAAUCACCAGACUGUGCUCAAGAGGAUGACGGCACAGAGCCAGAUAAAGGCAUCAAUUCUCCUUCUGGUAAACCACCUCAUACUCCCACACCACCGUCUCCACCUGCACCGGACUCUUCAAACACACCUGAUGAGGGUGGCAUUGAUAAACACAAGGAAGACAACAACUCGGAUCAAAUCACUGGAAAACUUCCACAAGACACCGCUGGAGAGUCGAGCUUGGAGGAAGGAAAACAGCAGACGGAGGUUCUCCAAGGGUCAAAACCUGAAAUCUCUCAUAUAGGUAUUGAUAUCCCAAAUGGUGCAGAUACAGCAGCUGCUAAUCUGGCAGAAAAGGACAACACUGUGUCUGACAGUCAGUCAACCAGCGACAACGAGGCAAGUGACACAAAAGAGGAACCUGCUGGUCAACAAGAGGACCAGGUCCCUGUAAAUCCAACACCUGGAGACGCCAAAGACUCAGAGAUGAGUCUGGCUGCUGAUGGAGUCGGAGACUCUCCAACAGAGACGCAAACUUCAGGACAGAUAGAAAAUGAACCCGACCCAGAGAACAGCAAACAAGAAGAGACAAAAAAUACUAAAGACGAUCAAGAAGAAAAUCAGCAGCCUGAGAGUCAACGAAGCUCAAGACAAGGAAGCCAUGACUCUUUAAAAUCAGCUGGUAUCUCUACUGAUGAAACUGACAAACAAGACAAAGUCAAUUCCAGGCGCAGCAGUCAGUCUGAGAAUAACUCCAAAGAGACUGGAGGAGAUGAAGGUGAAAGACAAGAUGAACAAAGAGACGCUGAUGCCAGUGAACAUGUUGAUAGUGCAAAGUCAGUUUCAGAUAAAGUGAUCGAUUCUCCGACUCCAGCCACUGGAGAACCUUCUCAAAACCCUGCUGGAGAGUCAAGCUUGGAGGAGAAAAACCAGUCAGAAGGAGGAAAGACAAGUGACCCUGAGCACAAAAGUAAUGCCAGCACAGAGCCAGGCCCUGGGAAAGAAGGUGCAGCAUCAAGCAACGGUCCAGAGGGGGCAGAUGAGCACGAGAAUUCCACUCCUGCUAAACCUCCUGGUCCUGGCAAACCUUUGUCUCCAUUGAAAUUGAACUUUUCCGUCACAUCUCAAGAGGCUGGCAUCGAUAAACAGAACAAAGAGAACAACUUGGAUCAAGUCAGUGGAGAACUUCCACAAAACCCUGCUGGAGAGUCGAGCUUGGAGGACAAAAACCAGUCAGACGAGGAAAACAGAAGUGACCCUGAGCAAAGAACUUUCAUUGGUGGACUUUCCACCUCUCAGUCUCCUCUGCAAUCCCCAGACUGUGCUCAAGAGGAUGACGACACAGAGCCAGAUAAAGAGAUCAAUUCUCCUUCUAGUGAACCACCUCAUACUCCCACACCACUGUCUCCACCUGCACCGGACUCUUCAAACACACCUGAUGAGGGUGGCAUUGAUAAACACAAGGAAGACAACAACUCGGAUCAAAUCACUGGAAAACCUCCACAAAGCCCUGCUGGAGAGUCGAGCUUGGAGGAAGGAAAACAGCAGACGGAGGUUCUCCAAGGGUCAAAACCUGAAGUCCCUCAUAUAGGUAUUGAUAUCUCAAAUGUUGCAGAUACAGCAGCUGCUAAUCAGGCAGAAAAAGACAACACUGUGUCUAACAGUCAGUCAACCAGCGACAAUGAGGCAAGUGACACAAAAGAGGAACCUGCUGGUCAACAAGAGGACCAGGUCCCUGUAAAUCCAACACCUGGAGACGCCAAAGACUCAGAGAUGAGUCUGGCUGCUGAUGGAGUCGGAGACUCUCCAACAGAGACGCAAACUUCAGGACAGAUAGAAAAUGAACCCGACCCAGAGAACAGCAAACAAGAAGAGACAAAAAAUACUAAAGACGAUCAAGAAGAAAAUCAGCAGCCUGAGAGUCAACGAAGCUCAAGACAAGGAAGCCAUGACUCUUUAAAAUCAGCUGGUAUCUCUACUGAUGAAACUGACAAACAAGACAAAGUCAGUUCCAGGCGCAGCAGUCAGUCUGAGAAUAACUCCAAAGAGACUGGAGGAGAUGAAGGUGAAAGACAAGAUGAACAAAGAGACGCUGAUGCCAGUGAACAUGUUGAUAGUGCAAACUCAGUUUCAGAUAAAGUGAUCGAUUCUCCGGCUCCAGCCACUAGAGAACCUUCUCAAAACCCUGCUGGAGAGUCAAGCUUGGAGGACAAAAACCAGUCAGACGGAGGAAAGACAAGUGACCCUGAGCACAAAAGUAAUGCCAGCACAGAGCCAGGCCCUGGGAAAGAAGGUGCAGCAUCAAGCAGCGGUGCAGAGGGGGCAGAAGGAAACAAAGGUGACUCUGAUAAAGGAAAGGUGAACAACAAAGAGUCAGAGUCUGGGAAAGAAGAUUCAGCACCAAGCAACAGUUCAGAUGGGGCAGAUAAAGACAUCAAUUCUCCUCCUGAUGAACCACCUCAUACUCCCAAACCACCAUCUCCACCUGCACCGGACCCUUCAAACCAGGGGCGUUACCAGGUGGAGCCGCUGGACCCCGCCGCGCGUGCUGUGGUCCGCCCCUCCAUGAUGUAUGCUUUGUCCAGGUCAUAUAUGCCGGCAUUAGCGGAAGCCCGCACCAUGCCGCCCACUUCUGGUCCGAUGACACAUGUCAGUCGCGAACAUGUGGCCCCUCGGUCCGACGCCGCUGAAUGGUCAGACGCUCUGUCCUAAUCAGCAGAUUGGGAGUCCAACAAGCUCAACACAAGGAAGCCAUGACUCUUUCACAUCAGCUAGUUCCACGACUGAUGAGGCUGACUAACAAGACAGUCAGUUCCAGUCGCAGCAGUCAGUUUGAGAUUAUCUCUGAAGAGGCUGGAGGAAAUGAAGAUGAAAGACAAAAUCAACAAAGAGGCGAUGAUGCCAGUGAACAUGGGGAUACACAAGAUUACCAAAGUGUCACUUACAGCCACUGCUGGUAAUGCAGACCCGAAGGAGGAAAGACACACAUUAAAGCUUCAAAAGGACAAAGAAGGAAAAAACACACCAAGACUUGUGCAUGGAGUCCCUUGCAAGACAGAUGAACACAAAGAAGAAGACAGUUGAAGAGAGGGAGCCAAAGGGAGUCCAAUAUUUGCUCAGUGACUGCAGUAAAUAGCUGAAGUUGAUAUAAAGAGCCUCUGAUAACAUAAUCACCUGUGUUGCAGUGGCCUGAAGAGAGGAGGGUGGUUCACUGCUGCGUUUCCCUUUUUAAUGUGAUUUAUAUCUUCAGAAACACUCAUAUCAGUGUCUCAGCAAAAAGAAGUUAUUAUACAUGAUAGGUAAAUCUUAGUAAGCAUUUUUGAGAUAUCAUAGAUCUUCUGUGCUCUCCUCAGCCUCACAGGGUUUUCUUCCAGAGAACAGAGGAGAUCCUCCUGUCUUUUCACCAUUUAACUUUUACUCUUUUCAUUCUUUUCUAAUGUGUCUUAUUAGCUUAUUUGUCUUUGCUUUUACUGACACAAUACUGCAUGAUUGAUGAUGAGAAUGUUUAUAUUUAAAGUGUUUUUUUUUACCUUAAAGGUGCAUUAAGGAGUUUUUCAACUUUAAAAAUGAUGUGUACAAUGUGCCCUGACAUAUUCAUUACAAGUACCGCU